AUGUCCGACGACGAUCAGGAUAUCUUUGACUCCUUGGAGCGUGAAGCUUCAGAUUUUACCAAGGAUGCCGAAAUCGACCGUAUCCGGAAGGCUUUCAGUCUCGAUGCCUACGCCGUCCUAGACCUCCAACCUGGUGUCCCCGACAAGGACAUUAAGAUCCAGUACCGCAAGAAGUCGCUUCUGAUUCACCCGGAUAAGACCAAAAACCCAGCAGCACCGGAUGCCUUCGACCGACUCAACAAGGCACAGACAGCGCUACUAGACGAAAAGCAGCGCGCCUACCUGGACGAAUGCAUCUCAGAUGCGCGGCGACUACUGAUCCGCGAGCACAAAUACACACUGGACUCACCCGAGCUCAAGACGGACGAAUUCCGGGUCGAGUGGCGGGCAAAGACAGUACACGUCUUGCUUGAAGAGGAAGCGCGCCGACGCCGACAGGCCAAGGCGCGCAUGCAGGAAGAAGGACGGGAGAAGCGCAAGGAGGACGAGGAGAUCGAGGCACGGAAACGGAAGCGCGAUCAAGACAAGGCGUGGGAGGAUAGUCGGGAGGAGCGCAUUGGGAGUUGGCGCGAUUGGCAAAAGGGGCGGAAGAUGGACGACAAAAAGAAGAAGAAAAAGAUGAAAGUGCUGGGAUGA